CAGGCAGGUGAGGGGCAAUGAGGCGGCAGUGGUUGGUGCUGUGGUCGCUGUGGGCAGCGCGUCUUGUGCCGCAGCACACGCCCGAGGUGAAGGUGAGCGGCGGCCUGCUGCGGGGUGUCGUGGCGCCGGACGGCUCGCACCGACAGUAUCUCUCCAUACCCUAUGCCACCGUCGGCCCACAUAAUAGAUUUCAGGCCGCCGAUCCUGAGCCGACGUGGAAUGGAGUUUUCGAUGCAGUAAACGAGAACGUGCGAUGUCCACAGCGGAAAGGCAAAUCAUUUGUGACCGGGCAAGAAAACUGCCUCACGCUUAACGUGUUCACUCCGCUGGAGGCGGGUCAGGCAGGGGAGUCGCUGCCUGUAAUGGUGUUCAUCCACGGCGGCGGCUUCUACGACGGCUCCAGUUCCAGGCACGUGUACGGUCCGCAGUAUCUCGUCACCAAGGGAGUUAUACUUGUCACUAUCAACUACAGAUUGAACCUGCAGGGCUUCGCGUGCCUAAGGAUUAAGGAAGCCCCGGGCAAUGCGGGUUUGAAGGAUCAAGUGGCGGCCUUGAAGUGGAUACAAAGAAAUAUCGGAGCGUUCGGCGGUGACGCGGACAACGUGACAAUAUUCGGCGAAAGCGCAGGCGCGUCGUCCGUGUCCUACCAUGUGGUGUCACCCAUGUCCGCGGGCCUCUUCCAUAAGGCCAUCCUGCAGAGCGGCUCCUCGCUGGCGCCGUGGGCCAUACAAUACCGCCCCAUCUAUACGGCUAGCCUAAUGGCCAAAGUGAUGGGCUACAAGACAGAAGAUCCUCGAGAAAUUUAUGAUAUAUUUCACAAUAAAUCAGACGCGGAACUCAUAGUCACCAGAGUACCGCGCCUGGAAGGAAACGUAAUUCUCUCUGAAUGUCUGUACGUGCCUUGCGUCGAAGACAGGAUAGAGGGCGUUGAGCCUUUCCUGAUAGAGUACCCGUACGACAUGUACAGGAGGGGCCAUUACAAUAAAGUGCCGAUGAUCAUCGGCUUUAACUCCGAGGAGGGGUACUUGUUUGCGGGUAUGGAAAACGAUACGACGAUACCGAAGAUAAAAAUCGAGAAAUCAUUCCCCAAAGACCUGACGUUCCCCACGGAGGAGGAGAGGAGACGGGUGGCGGAGCACUUACAUAGAAUGUACUUCGGAGACGAGGGAAUAUCUCAGGAGACUUUGCUGCAACUUGCAAAGUUCCAGGGCGAGGCUUAUUUCGUUAACGCGGUUAUUGAGGAAACUGAGUAUUUACUAGAGACGAACGACAAGCCGGUUUACAGUUACAUAUUCGGGUACGGUGGGAACCGAAAUUUGGCGAAGAUUUUUUCUGGGGAACCAUACCGGAGCGCGCCGGGCGCGUCUCAUGCCGACGACCUGUUCUAUUUGUUUAGUCAAGGCGUGCUACCCGCGCUGUUUGAGAACAAAAUGAUCGAUACUAUGACGACGUUGUGGACUAACUUCGCCAAGUUUGGAGAGCCGACGCCGAUGCCACUGCCGGCGGGCGCGGGCAGCACGGAGGAGCUGCGCUGGUCGGCGGCCGACGGCUCAGAGCCCCGGGCGCUGCUCAUUUCCGAGGAACUCCGCAUGACGCCGCUGCGCUACACGGAAACACUCAAGUUCUGGAAAACUGUUUAUAGCAAAUAUAGAAGAAAAAAACCUUUAAACGCUUAGUUAAAUCUCUUUUAAUUGUAGUAAUUUAAUAAACUAAACGAUAGCUGCAGCAACUACCGGUAUAUAGGAUAAAUGUGUUUUUAUACUUGAUGUUUCAUUGAUAGAAUUAAUAAGUGUAUUCAUUUGUUUCUGUGAUUUUGCGCUGCUUCUGUAUGUAAUUAUUUAACUUAAAUCCUUUUAAUCUUAUUAAGUCUGCUUUAAGUAUAAUAUAUACGGUUUUACAAUGUUGCAAAAAGUUAGGUAAUUUUAUUUAGGAAGUUUUUGUUGGCUGUGCUUUUGCAGAUUUAUUUGUUUUUGUAUUGAGUUUUGAAUAGUUAUGUAUUUGUAUAUUAUAUACUUAUGUCUCAUAUUGUUUUGUAAAUCCACAAACUAACCUAACUUCAAUCUGAGGUUGCUUAGCGCUAGAGGGCUGGGGAGAGUUGGUGACAGUUUUUUUUUAAUUUUAAAAACAUCUGUUUAGAAAGUCACUUUCAUGACUUCAUGUUUUAACUUUGAUCCGACUGAGCAAGUCAUCAGAAAAAAUAAAAGA